GUUUUUUUUAGCGUACACUGUCCGACGGUCGAAAACUUUCCGUCCUUGUCAAAAUUGUAUUCUGUUUCCAGGAUGAGUUACAAACCUUCUCUACUGACUGCUGCCAUGAUAAUCUUCAUGCUGCCAGCAGGAAGCUCAGAGUCCAAUCAGACCGUAGACUUGUCCAAAUUACCGCACAAGAUACCAGAGCCCGUGCAGGAAAUUUGUAAUUCGGUCAAAUGCCAAUAUUUGGCGAAGCAGGUUGUCAACCUGAUGAAAAAAUCCGUCAACCCUUGUGAUGACUUCUACACGUACGCCUGUGGGAAUUACAGGCCCGCGAUGCUCAAUGAAAUUUCAAUCCUUGACGGCCUCAACAGAAAAAACUACGACUUCCUUUUGGAUAAGUUAAAUAGCGAAGUCGAAGAGUCUAACUAUUUCAGCGUGAAGUUGGCGAAAAUUUAUUAUCAAUCAUGCAUGAAAGAAGCCAAAAUGGAAGACAACCCCCAGCUAAUGGAAGUGAAGAACCAGUUCAGCAAACUCUGGCCCAGCUUAAACGAGAACUACGUUGAUGAGAAGCAGGACCUGAGCCAGCUUACAAACCUCCUCCCUGAGACACUGGGCGAGCCGUUCUACCACAUCAGGCAGUUGCCAGAUAGCAACAACAAGGAUCGCUAUUUGAUUCAUAUUGACUACCCGGAGCCCAGCUUAUUCAAGCGACAGUUCGGUAUAUCCAGCCACAGAAAGUUGUACGAGCUGUACGCCAAGAACUUUGGCAAACCUUCCCCGGCUGCUGCUCAUGAUGCUGAUGAGUGGGCCAUCUUUAUAGAUGCCAGAAAUAAGCUGAUCCACGAGCCUGGGACCGCUGGCUACGUCACACAUUACAGCCUCACCACCCUGGGGGAGAUCUCUCAACGUUUCCCAAAGUUCAACUUCAAAACACUCAUAGAGUUGGCUUAUCGCGAUGCUGGUAUCACCAUAACGGACAGCGAGCCCAUUGCGGUCAGGGAUACACAGUAUUUCCAGAAACUUCUUCAUCUUGUUGAGGACACGGAAAGCAGAACCCUGGUCAAUGCUGUAAUGUUCGAGAAAUUGAUCUGGCGUACCCUCCACGCUACCACUCUACUACAACAAGCCUAUCUGACUGUUUUUCCGACGCUGCACCCCUGGUGGAGGUGCUAUGAAGAACUAAACAGGUACUUCCGGGAGUCCAUCAUCCGACUCUACGAGAUCAACAAGUUCCCAAAGACUGCGGACUCACGUAACACAGUGAAGGAAAUCGUGAAAAUGCUGAUCGAUUACGCCAACACUACCGUUGCCGAACGACCUCUGACCCAUAACACCAAAAUGGGUUUUUUCAAAAAGCUAAAUAAAUUAAAAACUGUGGUCGGCUCGGAGAAAAACAACUUGGCGUUUUCAAAAAUUAACGAGAUGUACACUGGGCUGACCUUGGAUGUCAACGACUACAGUUCCAACCGUAUGCACGUCAGAAAACGAUUGCAAAUACUGGAGAGAAAACAGUUGCGUGGAGUACCUAAAGCUUUUGACAAAUACCAGCUAUUUCCCCUGCAAGCCAUCGCCGCCUAUGACGCCGAGAAAAACAAACUUUAUAUAGCAAAUGGCCUUGUUCAACAACCAUUUUUUGAAAGCAAUGCACCGAAAAUCUGGCUUAUCGCUAAAAUCGGUAUCAUCGCAAACACGGCUUUUGCAGAAAUACUAGGCGAGAAAGGCAGGAACUAUGACGACAUGGGCAACGAGAGAGGGUGGGUCAGUCCAGUGGAUGUCAACAAGUUUGAGCUUCAGAUCGUCUGCAUGACUUACAAAUACCUGCAACAGAUUGACAAUUUGACUAGCUUUGAAUUAAACUCCAACCAUGCAGCAGAAGUCAAAAAGGUUAUUAAAGAAAGCUUGGCAGUUAAUCUAGCGUUUGGCGCAUACCAUGGCAUCAAAUACACAGACCAAAAACUUCCUCUAGGUGAUUUAACAACUGAGCAAAUUUUCUUCAUUCUCUACGCUCAGAACUCUUGUCAGUUGCGCAAGGCUAAUAAUUUCUACACUAAAAUGAGGGUGAACACAGCCUUGAGAAACAGCAUCUUCUUUAGUGCAACCUUCAACUGUACCGAUACCUCCCCCAUGGGCUCACCCGUCAAGUGCUGAAACAGAGGAGGGGGGAUUAAACUUCAACUGUGUUUC